UGCUCAGAAACUAGUCUCGAGUCCCCUCUUCAGAGCAGCUAGCUCAGUUAGCUUCUUCCAGCCGGUAUUAUCUUUAUAUUUGGAGAUGGGGGAGGCCGACGUGACGCUGAAUCAGGCCGAGGAGAAGCCUCCAGACUCGGCCUUGGUUCCCGGGGAGGACUCGGUGGUUUGGAGCCAUGAAGUGGAGGUGUGUCUGUUUCACGCCAUGAUCGGACACAAGCCCGUCGGAGUCAAUCGGCAUUUCCACAUGAUCUGCAUCAGAGACAAAUUCAGCCAGAAUAUCGGCCGGCAGGUUUCCUCCUCUGUCAUCUGGGAUCACCUGGGAACCAUGUACGACAUGCAGGCUCUGCAUGAGUCUGAGAUUUUGCCAUUUCCAAACUCAGAGAAGAGUUUCUGUCUGCCCGACGACAUCAUCCAGGACGUCAAAGAAGGGAAGCUGUGCUCCGAGGAGGAGAGCAAAGAGGAGUUCAGGAUGGAGAGAGAACCUCCAGCUACUCAUGAAGAAGGCAGCAACUCCUCAGUGAAGAUGUCGGAGCGAACCAGCAGCAGUCGGGAAAAGGAGCGAGAGCGCGACAAGGAGAAAGGAGCGAGUGAAGGAGGAGCAGCAGGAGGAGCGAAAGAGGCGGAGAAGAGGAAGAGGAGUCGAGCUGCUGAGAAACUGAUGUCGUCUUCCAACCCGGCGAGUCCCGGAGGGGCCAAGAGGAGGCGCACCUGAGAGAUGGACGGACAGAGCUGAACGAGUGCCAAAUCUCCGCGCUGCGAACAGGAAGCGGUGGGGUGAAAAAGAGGCGGGGCUUCAUUCCUUUAAACAGCUGCAGCUCUUCAUCAUGUUACCACAGUGGCAGGUAGUGACUCACCUGAACGCAUCACCGUUUCUGCAGCUUUUUGAUCCGAGUGCCACCGAUGAGGACGUCAGCCAACCGUGCUUCAUGGUUCCUUUGAUUAUUGAGUGUUAGACGUGUUCGUUUCUCUCUGAGGGUUGUUAAAGUCAGAUUUCAGCGAUGGAAAAUAUUAAAAUUCCCGCAGCUGAAGCAGAAAUAUCAAUGUGUUUAGUACAAAUGGUGCCUACAUUACCCAGAAUGCAACUCCAUUACAAAGGUUUCACUUUCGGGUUUGUUUGUUUUGCUGAUAGCAGGCUGGCUUCAUGCUAGAAGGCCAGGUUUGGGGGUUUUAGGUUUCCUGCUCCUGAUCGAGUCAGAGCCUCUUUGACCUUGAAUCGUAAAUAUCAAACAUGUUUGAUAUUUAUGAUUCAAGGUCAGACUUCCUCUGAUGAAAGCCUACAGCAGCCAAUGAAAAAAAGCAGAUGGGAAGGCAUCACCCACCGUUUUUCAAACACUCAGUGAACGUAAACAUGACUGAUCAUAACACACCAGGACAGCCAGGAUUUCAGUCAUCCUCCAUGUUUGUUUUUCCACUAAAAUCCUGAAUUUUUGUGAGAUCCGUGCUACAAACAGCAGCUGUUUGGUCUCACCAUCCAGCUGAAUCAUGUUUGCAGGAUUGUAAUGUUAAAAACCAGGAAAUGGAGGACACCAGGCACCGUUUUGACUAGAUUAGUGCUUCCUUUCUUUCAUUAUUUGUCUUUUUAAAGUGUUGAAUGUGACUGUAGAUGAGCAGAGAAGAUAUAACGGAGACCAGAGAGACGGCUCGGUUCAUUAGUCUCAUCAGUCUGAACUUUCAAAGAUUUUUCAAUCUGAUGCAAUAAAUCUCAGCUGAUUUAUUCCAAAUCUCUUCGUCUUUACCUGUAAAUAUUUGUAGUUUCCUCUGGUACCCUUGCUGUAGAAGUUAUGAUUGUUUCAUUACUUGUUAUAAACGUUUUUUAUUUCAUUGAGUGUUACAGAAUGAUUGAAAAUGAAGUUCCCUUUACUUUUCUUUGACAUGUUUUAUUUAUUGACGUCUGAGGGCGUUUGUAUCAUUAAAGAUGAACUCAGAUCA